GGAUGUGUUCAUUGAAGAUGGUGGCGCCGUGUCAGACUCACCCUCCUGCACACUUCUUCGCCUGACUUCAGUCUCUUCAGUGACAUCCAGUAGAGUGACCUGGUCCUCGGACCUGUGAGCUCUGCAGCCAUGCAGCCCCCUCCACGGACUGGACCUCAAGGAGCCACCGGGCCUCCUCCGUCUGGGCCCAACAUGUUCCGCAGGACCAGGCCUUACAAGCAUACAGCAGCAGCAGCAGCUCCUGCCACAAUGCCACCUGCGACCCAACCCAUGACAGACCCUUUUGCUUUUGUCAGAGCCCCCCCUCCUAUGGCUGCAGGUGGUCUCCCAACAAUACAGAGCAGUAACCCUCCACCCAUGCAAGCCCCACCUAUCGCCAUGUACUCUCAAGCUGGUGGAGGUCUGCCUCCACAACCACAGUCAUUGGAGGAUGUCCCGGCUGCUCCAUAUGGUGCCCCACCAUCCUCUGUGCCAGGGGUGACGCUGUUCAACUCUCACAGUACAGCAUCCCCUGUUGUUUUCCCAGUUCCAAGUCCUGCAGGAUAUGCAUCGUCGCAUACAGAGCAGAGCUAUUUUAAUUCAAGAGAACAGACACCAUCCACAGCCACAGAGCCACCGCCUGUCUACUCAGCCCCAGCGCCUACUCAGACAAAAUUUAACAUGGAUUUUCAAGGACAGCCAACUCCUCAGCCCGUGCCCUUCCAGCCAGUUCCUCCCACCACCUCCUCUUCCCACUGGGCCCCUGAUCAUGGAAGUCGCCCUCCAUCAGUUCAGAACUACUUCCAGCCUACAAGUGACCCUCCACCACAAUCUUUUAAUAUACCUCCACAGCCCCAGAUGUACCCAUCCCACGCCCCAUCGCCCCAUCAAAGCACCCCAACACCUCCACCACAACCUUUUAAUAUACCUCCACAGCCCCAGAUGUUCCCGUCCCACGCCCCCUCGCCCCAUCAACACACCCCAACCCCUCCAUCACAAAAUGUACAUCCCCACAUCCAGGCUCCUCUUCCUCCUCAGAACCUUGUAAGGCCCCCUAGUUCUCAAUGGCCUGACCCAAACGCACCCCAGCAGCAUAAUUCACACUUCCAAUCUCAAAGCUACUUUUCCCCCCAAGACUCUUGGUUCAGCCAACCCACACAGGAUUCAGGCUACCACCAAAUGGGGACUGGCUCUGGCCAUUCUCAGCCCACACCUGAUGCUGGUGGAUCUCAACAUGUGGCCAGUUUUGAGCCUGGGCCUAGUUCUGCCCCUCCCCCCGCACCAUACUCUCAGGAGUCUGGUACACUUUCAAUGUUCUUCAAAGACAAUGAUGUGGAAAAUGAGGAAACACUUGCUGGAGACAGAAAUAAGGCAGUGAACGGUAUUCCUGCUUCCUUUCAGUAUCACGACAGCCCACAAUCCCAAAGUGUCCACACAGAUGGCCCUAUGGAUUAUCAAGGAGCUUCUCUUCAGGAUCAUUCACAUGUACCGUACAUGAAUGAUGGCAGUCAUGCAUCACAGAGGCCCCCGGAUUCUCACUACGACCAUAUGGAGAAUUUAGAGUGUGUCCCGAAUCAGGAAGUAUUACCCAGUGAAACUCAUGGUAGUCCUGCUGCGACUGCAGUGCUUAAUGUUGACCAGUUCGAAACCGGGCCUAACCUGGAGACUCCAGAUUCUGUUCCAAGACCAACGAGAUCUGCCAGUGUGUCAUCCAACUACAGCAAUAUGAGUCAUGGAAGCGGGACUGGCACUCGCCGGCAGCAUGGAGUAGUUGGUACCUUUAUUCAGCAGGAAAGCCCUCGUCUCACUGAUGAUGGUAACCUGACUGCUGCCACUGGAGGUUACUUUGAGCAGAUUGACACUUCUCCGGCUGUGGAUAUGGGUGCAAGACAUAGCUCACUGGAGCAGAUGUGGCAACCCACACCAAGCCCUCCCAAACCAACUGGCAUCUUUCAGGCAAGUGCUAACAGCUCUUUCGAACCUGUUCGCUCCCAUGGUGUUGGGGUGCGUCCUGCUGAAGUUGAUAUGGCUAACAUUGUAGCAGAGGGAGGUGCAGAUUCUACACCAGGCAACCUGGAGCAGCCACCAGAUAAUAUGGAAAAUAUUUAUGGCCCAGGACACCCCUUGCCUCCUGGGACUGGAGUGUGUGUACCUCACCCGACACACCCAGUGGUUCUUUCUCACUCACGACCUUCAUCCCGCGCUUAUGGGGCGAGUCAGCCGUGUGAUAGCCCUGCCACUACUCUGUGGGCACAGCAUGAUCCUGCUAGCUUGGGCGCGAACAUCCUUUUAGCUCCUGCCGCCCCAAUGGUUCUUGCUCCUUUACGAGAGCCCAGUGCUGAUGUUAUCCAACCUCCAGAGGAUGGUCCCCUGGACCUCCAGGCCUCCCACAGAGUUCAGCCAACCUCACAGCAGCACUCAGAGAACCUAGAGAACCCACCAAAGGUGAGUGACGCAGAGUCAGCUGACUCUCAAGUCAACAUGGGGUAUGCGUCUCUCCUGGUGGCUGAUUCACUCCACCAACCUGUUUUGAUUGCCCCGCCUGUGUCCAAUUAUAGUGUGAUUUCCCCAAGUACCCCAACUCACGCGGCCAGUCAAAGUAGCCUUAGGGAAACUACCCCACCUGUGAGACCACUCGCACAGGGGCACGGUGCCAGUACCCCCCAAUCACUUGUACUAGCUUCCAAUCAAAAUCCACUGUUUGCCCCUGGACCAGUAAGCUUCAAUUCUUCAGCCUCUAACCAGGGUCCGCUCAAUUUGACCCGAGACAACACAGUGGCGGCAACAUCAGAAAUCACAGCUCCGCCACAGUCUCAGCCAGUCCGCCCUCCUCUUUCAAGGGGCCAACCAGAAAACCACUCUGCUCUCCAAGUUAAUGCACAGGCUUCUCUCAUGACUCCUCCCGUCUCUAAUCAUAAUCCGCCUUCAAAUUAUGAACUGCUUGAUUUUUCUAUGCACCAAUCACAAAGCCAAAAUCAAGCAUCUGGCCAUCCUUCCUCUCUACAUGAGUCUCCACAGUCUAGUAAUGGAUUUUACCUACAGGUAACCAAAGAUGCUCAGCAAGGGGUAAGAAUAGAAGGGAAUGCCCCUAUCCAGACCCCAGCAUCUUCAUCCACCCCACAGGUACCGCAAGCACCCUCCCAAGCAGCUGCAAACACAGAGCCGCCACCAAUAGAACCUCUGAGGACAUCAGAUCCUCAGCCUGCGUUGCAGAGACAGGCUGAUGCUCCUCGUGUUCCACUGAGUGGAGAACAACCUUUCCCUGGUCAGUAUCCAGCUCCUGCACAGGGGCCUGCUACAGGGAGUGCUCCUCCCCCUGCUGCUGCAUACCCCCAAGGGCCUCUAGGACCAGGACCUCCAGGGGCUUCCUAUCCAGCUCCUGCACAGGGGCCUGCUGCAGGGAGUGCUCCUCCCCCUGCUGCUGCAUACCCCCCAGGGCCUCUAGGACCAGGACCUCAAGGGGCUUCCUAUCCACCUUCUGCAGAGCCACCACGACCACCUUCAUCUGCAAGCAGCCAGCAGGGCUACGGGCCCCCUCCUCCACAGCCAGGACAGAUGUACAGUGGCUACUAUGGUUAUCAUGGGGAAUAUCCGGAUAGCAGAGCACCAUAUCCUCCUGGCCAGUACCCACCACCACCUGGGGAUCCUAGAGCACCACCUGGGGAUCCUAGAGCACCACCUGGGGAUCCUAGAGCACCACCUGGAGAUCCUAGAGCACAGCAAUAUUAUCAAGAUGGUCAAUACAGGACCCAAGCUGAUCCUUGGUAUGGCAGGUAUGAUGCGCAGACCCAAGCUUAUCGGGACCCAAAUCAGUACAGAGAGCCACAACCAGAGCGACCCAGCUCCAGGGCGAGUCAGUAUUCUGACAGGCCCUCAUCCAGACAAGGGUAUCCUGAAGAUUACCAGAGAGCUAACCGCAGUGCCUAUAGUGAAUAUUAUGCAGAAUACCCCAAAAACUACGAUUACAGAGGAUACAACUAUGGACAGUAUGACCCUCGAUACAGAGGAUACUAUGAUCAGGCCUACUGGGCUAAUUACGAUGAAAACUACAGAGCCAGAGAAAACUACUAUAAUCAACAAGUGUAUCCUCCCAGGAAAGAAGGCUUUGAAGACCAGUGGCGGUACUAUCCUGGUUACGAUCCCAGCUUUGAUGACGAUUACCAACGACGCGGAGAAGUUUAUGGCGAUGAGUUCGAUCGACGCAGCGUCCACAGCGAGCAGUCAGCACACAGUGUGCACAGCUCUCAAAGCCACCACAGCAGACGAAGCAGCUUCAGCUCAAGGUCGCAACAGAGCCAGGUAUACAGGAGCCAGCCUGACUUAGUGUCAGCUGCCUUUGACACCACAGCCUCCACUUUGGCUGUGGACUACUCCUAUGCACAGUACCCAAACCAAACUGAUGCCACACAGAACUACAGCCAGUACCACUAUCCCUCUGAGUACACUGCAGACAGCACAUGGAUCAGCCCUGAGCAACCCCCCCUUCGUCCUGCAACCCCAGAGAAGUUUAGCAUACCCCACCGCUGUGCCCGCUUUGGACCUGGUGGUCACCUGGUUCAAGUUCUGCCCAAUCUCCCUUCAGCUGGACAGCCCGCUCUCGUUGAUAUCCACAACAUGGAGACCAUGCUGCAGGAUACCCCGGAUCAGGCAGAACUACGAGCCUUCCCUGGACCUCUUGUAAAGGAGGAGACCCAUAAGGUGGAUGUGAUAAAGUUCUCCCAGAACAAAGCCAUGGAGUGUUCUCGUGACAACAACCUCUUGGACAGGGACUCUGCCUGUCUGCUCUGGGACUUCAUCAUGCUGCUCUGUAGACAGAAUGGGACUGUCGUGGGCACGGACAUCGCUGACCUCUUGCUGAAAGAGCAUCGAUCUGUUUGGCUGCCGGGAAAGAGUCCGAAUCAAGCCAACCUGAUUGAUUUUAACAAUGAACCACUGGCGCGAGCUGAGGAAGAGCCGGGAGCCGGACCACUCUCCCUCCUUUCUGACACCUUCAUGAUGGUCCCAGAGAACGUUGGCAAAGAAACUGAGCGCUUCAGGGAGCUGCUUCUGUUUGGCCGCAAGAAGGAUGCACUAGAGGCAGCCAUGAAGGGAGGUCUCUGGGGCCAUGCCUUGCUGUUGGCCAGUAAGAUGGACAGCAGGACACAUGCACGUGUCAUGACAAGGUUUGCCAACAGUCUGCCCAUCAAUGACCCUCUUCAGACAGUGUACCAGCUGAUGUCCGGGAGGAUGCCGGCGUCAGCCACUUGCUGUGGAGAGGAGAAGUGGGGUGACUGGCGCCCUCACCUGGCCAUGGUGCUGUCCAACCUCACACAUACCAUGGACCUGGAUACCCGCACAAUCACCACCAUGGGAGACACUCUUGCUUCCAAGGGGCUGGUCGAUGCUGCACACUUCUGCUACAUGAUGGCACAAGUCAGUUUGGGAGUCUUCACAAAGAAGAGCACCAAGAUGGUUCUGAUUGGCUCCAAUCACAGUUUUCCCUUUUACCAAUUUGCAACCAACGAAGCUAUUCAGAGGACUGAGGCCUACGAGUAUGCUCAAUCACUUGGCUCCCACCCCAGCACACUCCCCAAUUUCCAGGUGUUCAAGUUGAUCUAUGCAUGCCGUCUGGCUGAAGCAGGCCUGAGUGCUCAGGCCUUCCAUUACUGUGAAGUUAUCUCCAAGACAGUGCUCAUGGAGCCUCCCUACUUCUCCCCUGUCUUUAUUAGCCAAAUCAUACAGAUGUCUGAAAAGCUACGGUUCUUCGAUCCACAACUGAAGGAGAGGCCUGAGCAGGAGCUUUUCAAUGAGCCUGAUUGGCUGAUUCAACUCAGACAGUUGGAUGGACAGAUCCGGACUGGGGUGAUUACUUACAGUGCAGACAGAACAACUCCUCAACAGUACGACUUUAGCAGCCCAUCUGACUUGGACCAGCCCAGUCCACCUGAACCAUACAGCAUGCCACUGGAGGUUGAUGGCCCCACUCCUGAUAACCCACUAAUGAGCUCAUUACUGCCGGGGCCUCCACCACAGGGAGUACAGCUGAUGCCUCCAGCCCCUACCUCCAUUCUCCAAGAGGGGAUGGCCCCACCUCAGCAUUUACCCCCCGGUGACAUGCCCCAUUUCUACCCAGUACCUCCCAGUGGACCACCAGGUCAGAUGUCUGUCCCUGGCUACCCUCCACAGGAUCCCGGCUUUGCCCCCCCUUCCUUCCAGCCUCAACCUGAGCAGAUAGAGAUGUAUCCAGGAGCCCAUCAGCAGCAGCCGUUUCACCCACCUCCUCAAGUGGGCCAAAUGUCACCACACAUGCUCCCUCAAGGGCCACAUUCACCUGUGCAGAUGAACCCCCCACUGCCCCAGAUGCCUCAGCACAUGCCCCCUUCCCCUGGGCAUAUGCCGCCUGUCGAGCACCAAUACCAACCCCUACCAGAUAUGCAGACUGCUCAGGCAAUACCAUCCUCGCCAACCAGAAACUCCUUCACACCUCAGAUGGACUUCUAUGACAACAUGGCUCACAUGGGUCCUGGAAGAUCGAGGAGUACUUCACAAUCUUCAAUGCACAUGGUUUCAGGGCGACGCUCACGCACCACCUCUGAGUCGUCCAAUCACUCUGGUGGAAGAGAGCGCAGAGACUCAGUUGUCAAGCAGAUCUCUCUACCGCAGCCAAUUCCUGAACAGCCACCCAAAGAAGAGGCCAAGAAAGUCAAGAAAGACCCCCCAAAACAGAGCGGUGGUGGUGGUGUUAGCUUGCUGAAGAGGUGGUUAGGGAUGGGGAAGAAUGAGGCUCACUUGCCAGAUGACAAAAACCCAUCUAUUGUGUGGGAUGAAGUGAAGAAGAAAUGGGUCGACUUAAACGAGCCUGAAGAGGAGCGUAAGCCUCCUCCGCCACCUCCCUCUGGCUUCCCCAAGAUGGGCCCAAUGCCCGGCCCUGCGGGACCUCCAAGCAGUGGUGGUCCGCCUGUCAACAUGUUCUCCAGGAAGGCAGGCCCCAGGAGCAGAUAUGUGGACGUUCUGAACCCCAGUAGAACAGCUAACCCAAGUGGAUCAGCCCCUGCUCCAGCGGACAUCUUUGCUCCUCUGGCACCAAUGGCCAUGCCUGCUAACCUAUUUGUGCCUAGUUCAGCUCCUGACGAUCAACAACCUCUAGAGGGCAGUGAAGGAGGAUAUCAGGAGCAGAAUUCACCGAACACCAGCUCUGCUCCUCAGAUGUCCAACCCAACGUUGUUGCCACCUGCCCCAGAGGGAGCUCCUGUGCCUGAUGGCUCACAGUCCGGGGAGAGUCAUCCUCCUCAGGGAGCUCCACCCACUGGAGGCGUCACCUUUUAUAACCCUGCACAGUUUGCACAGCCAAGUGCAGCACCAGGCGGUGGAGUUCGAUCGGGGCGGUUGACCGGUCAGCGCCAGUACCCGGUGAUGAAGUAACAUCAUCCUGCAGAGAGACUACGUAAACAGACUUUGUCGGACGGAGAGAUAUCCGACCUGGAAUUAAAUGAAGCACAUGGACGUACUGCUCUCUGUCUUAAGGACCUUUUCUCUUUGCCCGAACCUAAGAUGAGCGUAAGGUGUCUCCAUCAUGUCAGUCUUCGUCAGUCUUCGUCAAACAGCUCAACCACUCUGUCGUCUCUGUUGCUCAGUAAUUGUCACUGGAGUAUUCUGAAAGGCAAGGCAUCUCCAAGAAGGGCUUUUUGCUGCAUCCGAACAGAAGACAGAAAGUUGUAUCAAGGGUUUUAACGAACAUAGAAUAGUUUCCUAGGAUGUAUUCACAAACCCAAUGUUCUAUGAAGGCAUAAUUUGAUGUACAAUGAACAUGUUUCCCCUCAAAUGCAACACAGAAUGAUCAACCCAGGUCCUGUUUUAGUUUGUGUCUUAAGUCCGAACGUCCAUGUUUGCUUGAUUGACUUUGAUGAAUAGAAAAGAAGUGGCGCCUUUUUUUAAUUUCAUACUGUCACGUUGAACUCGUUUGUGCAUCUGCAGUUUGUCUGCUGCAGUUUGCAAUUUGCGCGAGAAUGAAUUGUGUCAAUAGUGCGUUGUCUGCUGUGUCGUGUGCUUUCCCUCAGUCACCCUCCAGCGAAGGAAGGAUUGUUAAAUGAUCCAGGAAACGAAGACUCAAACCUGCUUCACUACCUGAGAGUUGGAGGACGUGUGCAGUGCUAGGAUGCUGCUCAUUGCAGAUAUUUAUUGAAAUGUCCUCCCGCCCAACAGCGACUCUUCAUUUUUACAGCUGAGUCAGGGGCUUUCGUCCGAGUCAGGCUACGGUUUCUCUUCCCGAGAAACUUUGACAGUAUCAACGAAACAAGGGGUGGUCUUCAGAAGAGGAGGAAUCUGGAUUAAACCUGCAUUUUCAUUAUCGCUUAAAUAAAAGUAAAUCUAUCCAAAUAUUUGUAUAUCAGAUUGAUUGUAUUUAUGGGCUGUAGGCAAGACGGUUUGUGUGAGUGUGUAUGUGUGUGUGUAGAGCAACUAAUUUUUUCCGAAUAGCUUUGACAAAAUGCAUUUAUGAUUGACCGGAGAUGACAUGGAUUCAUAUUCUGAUCAUUUGUAUUGGCCGCUUCUGCAGACAAAUAAAUCUUUAUCUAAAUUGUGAA